AUGAAGAGAGUCUCAUCGCAUGUCUCCAUUGCCUCAGAGGCAGAGAUCAAUCUUGAUCUCUCACGGUUACUAAUUGACAAGCCAAGGUUCACACUGGAGCGUAAGAGGUCAUUUGAUGAACAGUCAUGGAGUGACCUCUCGCAUCGGCAUAAUGACGGCUUUGAUAGUGUGGCGCAUUCGCCUGCAUUCCGCACCGGUUUCGAGUCACCAUUCUCAACGGGCUCACACUUCGGUGAGCCAAGUGGACCACACCCGCUUGUGAAUGAGGCAUGGGAGGCACUCAGGAAGUCUGUAGUGUAUUUUCGUGGCCAGCCUGUGGGUACCGUUGCUGCGGUAGAUCAUGCAUCAGAGGAGGUGCUCAAUUAUGAUCAGGUUUUUGUGCGGGAUUUUGUUCCUAGUGCAUUGGCUUUCUUAAUGAACAACGAACCUGAAAUAGUGAAGAACUUCCUCUUGAGAACUGUCCACUUGCAAAGCUCGGAAAAAAUGGUAGACCGGUUCAAGCUUGGAGCAGGAGCAAUGCCUGCAAGUUUCAAGGUGGACCGUAAUGUGAACAGGAACACUGAAACAUUAGUUGCAGAUUUUGGUGAGAGCGCAAUUGGCAGGGUGGCACCAGUGGACUCUGGAUUUUGGUGGAUUAUUCUCCUCCGGGCGUAUACAAAGUAUACUGGAGAUGCUAGUUUGUCAGAAUCACCUGAUUGUCAGAAGUGCAUGCGGCUUAUACUGAAUCUUUGCUUAUCUGAGGGAUUCGAUACUUUCCCAACUCUGCUCUGCACUGAUGGUUGCUCAAUGAUCGAUCGUCGAAUGGGUAUAUACGGUUAUCCUAUUGAGAUCCAAGCUCUCUUCUACAUGGCAUUAAGAUGUGCCCUCCAAAUGCUUAAGCCAGAUGGUGAAGGGAAGGACUUCAUAGAGAAGAUAGGGCAACGACUGCAUGCAUUAACCUACCACAUGAGAAAUUACUUCUGGCUUGAUUUUCCACAUCUAAAUAACAUAUAUAGAUACAAAACAGAAGAAUACUCCCACACCGCUGUGAACAAAUUCAAUGUCAUUCCGGAUUCAAUCCCUGAUUGGGUGUUUGAUUUCAUGCCUUGUCGGGGAGGCUACUUCCUUGGCAACGUCAGCCCUGCUAUGAUGGACUUCAGGUGGUUUGCUCUUGGAAACUGUAUUGCCAUUAUAUCAUCUCUAGCUACCCCGGAGCAGUCAUCGGCAAUAAUGGAUCUCAUCGAGGAGAGAUGGGAUGAGCUAGUGGGCGAGGUGCCUCUUAAGAUAGUAUAUCCUGCACUUGAGAACCAUGAAUGGAGAAUAAUUACUGGCUGCGACCCCAAGAAUACUAGGUGGAGUUAUCAUAAUGGAGGAUCUUGGCCAGUUCUUCUAUGGCUGCUGACAGCAGCCUGCAUCAAGACCGGGCGGCCACAAAUGGCGAAGCGCGCCAUCGAGCUCUCCGAGGCAAGGCUCCUCAAGGACGGCUGGCCCGAGUACUACGACGGCAAGCUGGGCAAGUUCGUCGGCAAGCAGGCCAGGAAGUUCCAGACAUGGUCCAUCGCUGGAUACCUAGUCGCGAGGAUGAUGCUGGAGGACCCAUCGACGCUCAUGAUGAUCUCCAUGGAGGAGGACCGGCCUGUGAAGCCGACAAUGAGGCGGUCGGCGUCAUGGAAUGCUUGA